AUGAAUCAAAUAAAGAACCUUUUGUAUUAUUCGAAUUGUUUUUCUGUUGAUAGUAUUGGUAUUGGUGGGGGUUUAUCUUUGAUGUGGAAUAAUGAUGUUCAGUUACAAGUUUCUUACUUUUCUUCAAAUUUUAUUGACUGCACUAUUGGUACUGGAUCUACUCAAUGGCAUUUUACAGGGUUCUAUGGUUGUCCUGAACCAACUCGCCGCCGUACUUCUUGGAACCUGUUGUGUGAGCUAUCUUCACAUAAUGAUUUACCUUGGUUAUGUUGUGGGGAUUACAAUGAUAUUGCAGCGCCUGAAGAGAAGAGUGGGGGUCCUCUUCGAGCUUCUCAUCUUAUUUCUGGUUUUCGGGGGGCGUUGUUAGAUUCUGGUUUGUCUGAUAUACAACAUAAUGGCUCGUUUCUUUCUUAUACUUAUAGAGAGGGGACUCCAUUUUGUUCUAAAGAAAGGUUGGAUCGUGCAUGUUCUUAUACAGCUUGGAGUGGUAUUUUUCCAGAUGCUUUAUCUUCAAUUUUGGUUGCUCCUGUGUCUGAUCACAACCCUUUGUUGGUUGAAACUAUUGCUCCUACUUGUCAUAUAGGGAGUAGGCGUUUCCGUUUUGAUAAUUCAUGGCUCGAGGAUCCUGAGCUAGGUGAGGUUAUGCAGUGGGGUCGGAACAGAAAUAAAUUGAAUCGGGCUCAGAAAGAUAUGAUUAGAAAACGGCUUGAAGAAGAUCUUGAUUCGGUUGAUACAAGGGAGGUGCGUCGGCUUAAGGAGCAGUGGAAUCAAAUUCUAGCGGAAGAGGAGAUUAGAAUUCGCCAACAACCAAAGCUUUUUUGGUUUCGCAAUGGAGACAAAAACACUAAAUAUUUUCACAAUAAUAUUAAGGAAUUAUUCUCUGGUGCAGUUGCCGAUUUUGGUGAGGUGAUUAGCUUGGUUCAGCCGAAAGUUGAUUCUCAUGAUAAUGCUAUGUUAACUGCAACUUUUGUUGAUGAAGAAUUCAGGCACGCUCUUUUCCAAAUGAAUCCAGAUAAAGCGCCGGGAUUAGACGGCCUUAACCCAUCAUUUUUUCAGAGGCAUUGGAAGAUUCUUGGUCCGGAUAUUUGUAAAGCUUGUCGCGAAAGGUUGGCUAGAGGUGCACUUCCAGCUAAUAUUUCAAAUACUUUGCUUGUGUUGAUCCCUAAAUGUGAUAAUCCAAUGUUGGUGAAGGAUUUUAGGCCUAUCGCUCUGUGCAAUGUGGUGUAUAAAACUUUAUCUAAAGCUUUGGCUAACCAUUUUAAGAGAGUAUUAGAUAAGAUCAUUUCCCCUAAUCAGCCGGCAUUUGUCCCCAGUCGUCUGAUAACUGAUAAUUUUAUUGUUGCUUUUGAAACUAUACAUGAUUUAAAGCAACAAACUAGGGGAUCUGAUGGUUUUUGCGCUUUGAAAAUUGAUAUUGCUAAGGCAUAUGAUAAAGUUGAUUGGGCCUAUUUAAGUGCAAUGUUGUCUGCUUUGGGGUUCUCUACUACCUGGAUUGGUUGGAUGCGCAUGUGUUUUUCAGAUAUUAUUUACAAAAUUGUUCUUAAUGGUUCUGAGAUUGGGCCAGUUAUUCCAACGAGGGGGUUGCGUCAAGGUGACCCGAUUUCACCUUAUCUUUUUUUGAUUGUUACUGAGGGCUUGUCUUUGCUUAUUCAGAACAGAGAGAGUCUGGGGCUUAUUCAGGGUUGUCCAGCAAAACAGGGUUGUCCCAGAAUUUCUUACUUGUUUUUUGCUGAUGAUUCUCUGCUCUUUUUUAAGGGCACAGUCAUGGAGGCCUCACAGGUGAAAUCUCUUUUAGCAGUAUAUGAAAAGGUGUCUGGGCAGUCUAUUAAUUUUGACAAGUCUGCUAUCAUGUUCAGUCCUUGCAUUCGUGAUGAUAUUUGCAUUGCAGUUUCUACGGUUCUCAGUGUUCAUCAAUCUCUGGGUACUAGUACUUAUUUGGGACUGCCUUCGUUGGUUGGAAGGAGUAAAAAGCAAAUCUUCAGUUUUCUGAAAGAUCAGAUAUGGAAACGUAUUAAUAGCUGGAAUAACAGAUUUCUCUCACGGGUAGGACGUGAGGUCCUUAUUAAUGCAGUUCUUCAGGCUAUCCCUGCAUACUGUAUGAAUGUGUUUUUACUCCCAUUGGCUACGUGUAAUCAAUUGCAGGUGAUGUUGAACAAAUUCUGGUGGAGUAGUGGUAUGGAUGAUCAGAGAGGUAUUAAUUGGCUGGCGUGGGACCGUAUGUGUGUUCAGAAAGGGGAUGGUGGCAUGGGUUUCCGUGAUCUGCGGUGCUUCAAUGCUGCGUUGUUGGGUAAGCAGGGGUGGAGGAUUUUAUCCGACACAAACUCUCUUCUAUAUAAUGUGCUCAGAGCAAAAUAUUUCCCAUCGGGAGAUUUUAUGUCAGCUUUGUUAGGUUCUAACUAUAGCUAUGUUUGGAAGAGUGUUCACUCAUCUCAACAACUGUUGGUGCGGGGUACUCGUUGGAGAGUGGGAGAUGGUAGAAGCAUUUUUGUUAAGAAUAAUCCUUGGUUGCCAAGUGAUUCAAAUUUUGUGCUGAAUGAUGCUAUGUUCAUUGAUGAUGCUAUGCAUGUUAGUGAUCUGUUUGUGCCUGGAGAGUUGCGGUGGGAUUUGGAGAAGGUGUUGAAUAUUUUUUCCAUGGAUGAUGUGCGAUCUAUUCUAGCUAUUCCUUUGCCACUUAAUCCUAGACCGGAUAAGCUUAUUUGGCAUUUCGAGAAGAGGGGCUUUUAUACGGUCAAAACAGCAUAUUAUUGUGUGCUUUCUAUGCUUGGUCGGCAUCUAAGGGUGGGUACAUCGGACUUGUGGAAGAAGGUGUGGGCUCUUGAUGUCCCUCCAAAGGUUCGGGACUUUAUAUGGAGAUUGUUUCGUGGUAUUUUGCCUACUCGAGACAAUUUGGCUAGGAGAGGUGUCGACGUUCCAUUGGGGUGCUUGUUUUGUGAUGUGAAUGAGUCUAUUGACCACCUUUUCUUUUCUUGUCCCAUGGUAAGAGAGGUCUGGAGACUAGUGGGUGUUGUCUUAUCCAAUUCUUGGUUGUCAUUUCAAGACUUAUUCCUUCAUAUCCAUGUGAGUUUUGGUAGGGAACGCGCUUCAAGAUUGGCAGUUCAUGCAUGGAAAGUUUGGCAUGCAAGGAAUGAGUUAGUGUGGAAUAAUAAGGUGUUGACACCUCAGGCUAUCCAUAGUGCUGCCAAUACUUUUUAUACAGAUUAUCUUCAUUGUGGUCUUGAUAAGCAACGUGCACCAGGUCCGAGUCUUCUCUCUAUUGAUGCAGGUUCGGUUUCUAGUGCAUCGGAUUGGCUAACUUAUGUGGAUUUUGCCACUUUCUCAACUUCGGAUUUAUUUGGAUUUGGUGCUGUGUUCGAAGAUGCUGAAGGAGUUUUUUCAAUUGCAAUUUUUGGUUAUACUGAGGGUCGUGGUUCUCCUGCUAUUACUGAGGGUCGUGGUUCUCCUGCUAUUGCUGAGGCAUUGGCCUUGCUUCAAUGUUUACUGUAUGCUCGUGUUGCUUUCCUACAGGCUGGAAGUAUUUUCAUUGAUAGUCAGGUUUUAUUCUUCGCCUUUCGCUCAAAUUCGGAGGAUUUUUCUGAAUUUGGCGUCAUUGUUUCGGAUUGUAAAGAUAUUAUGCUUCUUUGUCUAAAUAUUUCGUUAUGCUGGAUUAGACGUAGUGCGAAUAAGGCUGUUCAUCUGUUAGCAAGAUAG